AUGGAUACACUCGGCCGUUGAAAACGCAUGGCUAUAAAGAUCUCCGUCUUUUAAAAGGAAGUCCCUUUCAAUUUCCCUGCGUCAGAGAGCAGUAGGGACAUCACAUUGGUAGCAUUUUAUUCAAGAUAAAUCAACGCAACAAACAAGAUGCCUGAAGAAAUGCACCAAGAGGAGGAGGCUGAGACCUUUGCCUUCCAGGCAGAGAUUGCUCAGCUUAUGUCCCUGAUCAUCAACACCUUCUAUUCCAACAAGGAGAUCUUCCUCAGGGAACUGAUCUCCAACGCCUCUGAUGCUUUGGACAAAAUCCGCUAUGAAAGUCUGACCGACCCCUCCAAGCUGGACAGCGGCAAGGAGCUGAAGAUCGACAUCAUCCCAAAUGCAGCUGAGCGCACCCUCACUCUCAUUGACACUGGAAUUGGAAUGACCAAAGCUGACCUGAUCAAUAACCUGGGUACCAUCGCCAAGUCUGGCACCAAGGCCUUCAUGGAAGCCCUACAGGCUGGAGCUGACAUCUCCAUGAUUGGUCAGUUUGGUGUGGGUUUCUACUCUGCCUACCUGGUUGCUGAGAAGGUGGUCGUGAUCACCAAACACAACGAUGACGAGCAGUACGCCUGGGAGUCCUCUGCUGGAGGGUCCUUCACAGUCAGGGUCGACAACGGAGAGCCCAUUGGCCGUGGAACCAAGGUCAUUCUGCACCUGAAGGAAGACCAGACAGAGUACAUCGAGGAGAAGAGGAUCAAGGAGGUCGUCAAGAAGCACUCCCAGUUCAUUGGCUACCCCAUCACCCUGUUUGUGGAGAAGGAAAGGGACAAGGAGAUCAGCGACGACGAGGCAGAGGAGGAAAAGGCAGAGAAGGAAGAGAAAGAGGACGCUGAGGACAAGCCCAAGAUCGAGGAUGUGGGCUCUGAUGAUGAGGAGGACUCCAAAGACAAGGACAAGAAGAAGAAAAAGAAGAUCAAGGAGAAGUACAUUGACCAGGAGGAGCUGAACAAGACCAAGCCCAUCUGGACCAGAAACCCCGACGACAUUACCAAUGAGGAGUACGGAGAGUUCUACAAGAGUCUGACCAACGACUGGGAAGAUCACCUGGCUGUCAAGCACUUCUCUGUGGAGGGCCAGCUCGAGUUUCGGGCCUUGCUCUUCAUUCCCCGCCGCGCACCCUUUGACCUUUUUGAGAACAAGAAAAAGAAGAAUAACAUCAAGCUGUACGUCAGGAGAGUUUUCAUCAUGGACAGCUGUGAAGAGCUCAUCCCCGAGUACCUGAACUUUGUGCGUGGUGUGGUGGACUCUGAGGACCUGCCCCUCAACAUCUCCAGAGAGAUGCUGCAGCAGAGCAAGAUCCUGAAGGUCAUCCGCAAGAACAUCGUCAAGAAAUGUCUGGAGCUCUUCGCUGAGCUGGCAGAGGACAAGGAGAACUACAAGAAGUUCUAUGAUGGCUUCUCCAAGAAUCUCAAGCUGGGCAUCCACGAGGACUCCCAGAACCGCAAGAAGCUGUCUGAGCUGCUGCGCUACCACAGCUCCCAGUCUGGCGAUGAGAUGACCUCCCUCACAGAGUACCUCACCCGCAUGAAGGAGAACCAGAAGUCAAUCUACUACAUCACUGGUGAGAGCAAGGAUCAGGUGGCCAACUCCGCCUUUGUGGAGCGUGUUCGCAAGCGUGGCUUCGAGGUCCUGUACAUGACCGAGCCCAUUGACGAAUACUGUGUCCAGCAGUUGAAGGAGUUUGAUGGAAAGACCCUGGUCUCUGUUACCAAAGAGGGCCUGGAGCUCCCCGAGGAUGAAGAGGAGAAGAAGAAGAUGGAGGAGGACAAGACUAAGUUUGAGAACCUCUGCAAGCUCAUGAAGGAGAUCCUUGACAAGAAAGUAGAGAAGGUGACAGUGUCCAACAGACUGGUUUCUUCUCCCUGCUGCAUUGUGACAAGCACUUACGGCUGGACGGCCAACAUGGAGAGGAUCAUGAAGGCCCAGGCACUCAGGGACAACUCCACAAUGGGCUACAUGAUGGCCAAGAAGCACCUGGAGAUCAACCCUGACCACCCCAUCGUGGAGACUCUCAGGCAGAAGGCCGACGUCGACAAGAACGACAAGGCCGUGAAGGACCUGGUCAUCCUGCUGUUCGAAACCGCCCUGCUGUCCUCAGGUUUCUCCCUGGACGAUCCUCAGACCCACUCCAACCGCAUCUACAGGAUGAUCAAACUUGGACUGGGUAUCGAUGAUGACGACAUGCCCGCUGAGGAGCCCACCGCCACACCUGCCCCAGAUGCAAUUCCUCCACUAGAAGGUGACGAUGAUGCUUCACGCAUGGAAGAAGUGGAUUAAAACACUUCCUGAAUUAACCCUUUAGCCUCAAUUUUGCAAUUGUACAUCUGUAACUGAGAACUCGUGUUAUUUGGUUUUAAUUAAAAAAAAAAGUGUCAUUCAUGUCAUCCCUUGGAACAGAGUUGCUCUGGUGUCUGGAGCAUUACUCUGCAAGACUUGAGAAAAGUUUUGAUUUUUGCUGUAUAUUGUAUACGGUUGCAUUUGUUUAACAAGUACCCUGUUGCACUGAGUUUUAAAUGUUGGGACUGUUAGAUGUGUGAACAUGGGGAAUGGUACAUUCCAUUAUCAGAUGGUCUGGAGAGGGUUUGUGUGGGUUCGGCUCAUGUGCAACACCGCACGCUGCAUGGAGAGAGAGAACUGCAAGAUUCCUUUGCCUGAGUCCAGGCUUGUCUGUAUUCAAUCUUUUUGUUUUGCAAAAAAUUAAAAGAUGUAAUACCUUA